GGAGCCGGGAGCGGGCGGGUGGUAACCGUGUCCUUGCCAGCUUUGGGCUCUUUCUCCGGGGCACAGAUGGAGUGCUUCGGCUAUUCCCGGUAGGUUCCGGAGCCAAGAGUCUCCUCCCCCGCGUUUCUGCUCCCCGCCCCUUCAUCUCUUCGGCAAGCUCCGCCGCGGGUUCGGCUAUCUCCGCCCGCCUUUCGGAUAAGGCCGUUAAGUUCCGCCGCCACUUCGGCAGCUUCCGCCGGUUCGGUCGGAAAUGGCCGAAGACGUGAGAGAUCCAGCGGUUUAGGAGGAGAAGACCGGCCGGCUUCUCGGAACAAACCAACUGUGUCCGGACCGGGGGGGGGAGCAGGGAACGGCGGACGGCGGGGGAGGACAAGGCAGCGGCUAUGGCUCCCCCCCCAGCCACAGGCGGAGAGCAGCGCAGCGGGCGCCGGGACCGCGGCUCCGCCAGGAGGGUGAAGUGAGGGCUCCAAGAGGCUCCAGACAAAUGAGUGGAGACUUGAGUACAGAAGAGGGACAGAUUCCAGUUUUCCAGCUGAUCACCUUGUACAGAGAAGAACCCUGGAGAUCAGCGCUGGGAGAAAGAAGAAAAGCAGUGAAGGAGUCUGUGUGAUGCUGGACAGGUCUGAGCCAAGGAACAGAAGUGCUGGUGAAGAAAAGACUUGGCAAUAGAAACCGUCUAUUCAAGACCGGACAGACAAAGCACAGGAGCCGCUAACGCACUCCCUGCCAUCCUUUGCUGUUCAUCAGGAGGGACUGAGGACUGGCAGAGCAUCAGCCGCGCUGCAGCGAUGAGCGAGACUGACAUUUGUACGAGUCUCUUCUGGCUCCUUCUCCACGACGGCUGCUGCCUCUGCAUAUUCAUCGGAUGGUAAUGCAGGAUGUUGAGAGCAGCGGUAGAGUUUGGCUUCAUCCCGUUGUGUUUUUCUUCUGCCGGUUGAGACUCUGAAUCACCAUGACAACGCUGUGACACUUCCAGCAACGCUUGCCCGCAGACCAGGGUUGGGCUGGAGGUGGGUGAGGAGGUCAAUGAUUGAGUCUAACGGGAUCAAAAGUUGCGCCUGCAGCAAAACGACUGUGGAAAAGCCAUCAGCACAAGAAGAAGAUGAAAUUCCCCUUCUAUUGGCUUCUUGUUAAGCAGGCACAAUAAUAGUUUUUUUUGAGAGACUCGCUAUAAAAACUCUUUUGGUUAUGGCUACUGAUCCAACGUGAUUGGGUGCGCAGCGACUUUGGAACUCAUGACUGGAUAUACGAUGUUGCGGAAUGGGGGAGUGGGGAACGGAGGCCAGCCGUGGGUGUUGAGGUGGUCCAGUCGGAUCCGGCUCACCUGGCUUAGUUUCACCCUCUUCAUCAUCCUCGUCUUCUUUCCCCUCAUCGCCCACUACUACCUAACGACCAUCGAUGACGCGGACGAUGCCGGCAAGCGCAUCUUUGGCCCUCGGACCGGCAACGAGCUGUGCGAGGUGAAGCACGUGCAGGACCUGUGCCGCAUCCGCGAGUCGGUCAGCGAGGAGCUGCUGCAGCUGGAGGCCAAGCGGCAGGAGCUCAACAGCGAGAUCGCCAAGCUCAACCUGAAGAUCGAGGCCUGCAAGAAGAGCAUCGAAAAUGCCAAGCAGGAUCUGCUGCAGCUGAAGAACGUCAUCAGCCAGACCGAGCAUUCCUACAAAGAGCUGAUGGCUCAGAACCAGCCCAAGCUCUCCUUGCCCAUCCGGCUGCUGCCAGACAAAGACGAUGUCACCUUCCCCCUGCCAAAAUCCAAUCGGAACUGCAGGCUACACAACUGCUUUGACUACUCACGCUGCCCGUUGACAUCGGGCUUUCCAGUCUAUGUCUACAACAGUGACGAUUACCCUUUUGGUAGUUCCUUAGACCCUUUAAUUAAACAAGCCUUCGAGGCGACUGUCAGAACUAAUGUUUAUGUUACUGAAAAUGCAAAUAUUGCUUGUGUGUAUAUAAUUUUAGUGGGGGAAAUGCAAGAGCCCGUAAUGCCAAAACCUACUGAACUAGAGCAACAGUUGCACUCUUUGCCGUAUUGGAGGACUGAUGGACAUAACCAUCUCAUCAUCAAUUUGUCAAGGAAAUCGGAAACUCAGAACUUCAUUUACAACAUCAGCACGGGGCGCGCCAUGAUCGCCCAGUCCACCUUUUACGAUGUGCAGUAUCGACCGGGGUUCGAUAUCGUGGUAUCACCUCUGGUCCACGCUAUGUCUGAACCCAAUUUCCUAGAAAUCCCGCCCCAGGUGCCGGUCAAGCGUAAAUAUCUCUUUAGUUUCCAGGGGGAGAAGAUCGAGUCUCUCAGAUCGAGCUUGCAAGAGGUUCGCUCUUUCGAAGAGGAGAUAGAAGGCAACGCCCCAGCCGACUACGACGAUCGGAUCAUCACCACCUUGAAGGCCGUUCAGGACAGCAAGCUGGACUUUGUUUUGGUGGAGUUCACCUGUAAGAACCAGCCUAAGGCGAGUCUGCCCACUGAGUGGGCUCUGUGUGGAGAAAGGGAUGACAGACUAGAGCUACUGAAGCUAUCUACUUUUGCACUGAUAAUCACCCCAGGAGACACCCAUUUGGUGAUCUCCGCCGGGUGUGCCAUGAGACUGUUUGAGGCUCUGGAAGUCGGAGCCAUCCCGGUAGUUCUCGGAGAGCAAGUUCAACUACCCUACCACGAUGUGAUCCGGUGGAACGAGGCAGCCUUAAUCAUACCAAAGCCACGUAUCACAGAAGUGCACUUUCUUCUGAGAAGCAUUUCUGACAACGAUCUCCUUGCCAUGAGGAGGCAAGGCCGCUUCUUGUGGGAGACCUACUUCUCCACCUCUGACAACGUGUUCAGCACAGUCUUAGCUAUCAUAAGGACUCGAAUCCAAAUCCCGGCUGCUCCCAUCCGGGAAGAAACGGCUGUGGAGAUUCCCCACCGGUCUGGCAAAGCUGCUGGUACAGACCCCAAUAUGGCAGACAACGGUGACCUGGACCUGGGGCCUGUGGAAACAGAACCACCCUAUGCAUCUCCCAAAUAUCUCCGCAAUUUCACCCUCACGGCAAUGGACAUCUACAGGAAUUGGAAUUCUGCUCCGGGGCCUUUCCACCUCUUCCCCUACACUCCCUUUGACCCUGUUUUACCAUCAGAAGCGAAAUUUUUGGGGUCUGGGACUGGAUUUCGACCAAUUGGUGGAGGAGCAGGCGGCUCUGGGAAGGAGUUCCAGGCCGCUUUGGGUGGCAACGUCCCCCGCGAGCAGUUCACAGUAGUGAUGUUGACUUACGAGCGGGAGGAAGUGUUGAUGAACUCCCUAGAAAGGCUCAAUGGUCUCCCGUACUUAAAUAAGGUUGUGGUAGUGUGGAACUCUCCCAAGCUGCCCUCUGAGGAUCUCUUGUGGCCCGACAUUGGCGUCCCAAUCAUGGUUGUUCGCACAGAGAAAAACAGCCUGAACAACCGGUUCCUGCCAUGGGAUGAGAUCGAGACGGAGGCCAUCCUGUCCAUCGAUGACGACGCUCACCUGCGCCACGACGAGAUCAUGUUUGGGUUCCGUGUCUGGAGGGAGGCGAGGGACCGCAUCGUCGGCUUCCCGGGCCGCUACCACGCCUGGGACGUCCCCCACCAGUCCUGGCUCUACAACUCCAACUACUCCUGCGAGCUCUCGAUGGUGCUCACUGGUGCUGCCUUCUUCCAUAAGUACUACGCCUACCUGUACUCCUACGUGAUGCCACAAGCCAUCCGUGACAUGGUGGAUGAAUACAUCAACUGCGAGGACAUCGCCAUGAACUUCCUGGUCUCUCACCUGACCAGAAAACCUCCCAUAAAGGUCACCUCCCGCUGGACUUUCCGCUGCCCUGGGUGCCCCCAGGCGCUUUCGCACGACGACUCUCACUUCCACGAGCGGCACAAGUGCAUCAACUUCUUCGUGAAGGUGUACGGGUACAUGCCCCUGCUGUACACCCAGUUCCGCGUGGACUCGGUCCUCUUCAAGACCCGCCUGCCCCACGACAAGACAAAAUGCUUCAAGUUCAUCUAGAAGCGGGAGGCAGCCGGCCCCCCGGGCUCUCCCGGAGGCGGGUGAGGGCGCAGGUGGAUUUUUGGCAGGGCUGAGAGUGCGAAUCACCUUGUGCUACAGACUCCGGCCUCCCCCACGGAGCAAAAGGGACGCCCUGCGUUGGGACGGGCGCGUUUCCCCCGCUCUUCCCCAGCGACGCGGAUCAGGAUCUCACGGCUCCCGUAAAGACGCUCCCUGGGAUCGUACACUGAGGAAUGGCGCGUCGGCUGGCGGCUCUGCCCCUCCGCUAGCCAAGAGCGACCAUUCUUUUUAAUUAUAAUUAUUGUUAUUUAAAAUGAAAGUGGUUUAGAUUUGCCGCGUGAGGCUUUUUUUCUUUUUCCCCCUUUUUUUCCCCUCUACCCGCCCACUUUUCCCUCCGGUUCUGUCUGCGCACUCGGGGGGACCGGAGCGAGGCCGGGUCAGAGCUGUUUGACACAGUGAGGUUAUUCCCAGCUCCGGUCACCUCUGAUGUCCCCGUCCUUCCUCCCACACACCAGGUCCCGGCUCAUCUUGCCCUGUGGCUACUACUGAGGACUUCCAGGUGUUGUCUGCUGACGAGCUCUCUGUUCUGCUCCCUCACUCACAGGGGGAUGAGCAGGGGAGGAUUUGACCUCGGAGGGUCAUUCCCCACUCCCAGCCUCACUCCGGUCCCUGGGGAGUUUGGCCACUGCCGCCUCGUUCUCCGUGUCCUUUUCACCCCGCACGGCCCGCGGCAGGUGCUGCUAAACCUCCAAAGAUGGGACCGUGUUGGGGGCUUGGGAAUGACCCAUCGCAGCACAGACGGGGCCGGCGAUGCCUCGACCCGCAGUUUUCUACAGCCAAAGGCGGCUGUGGGGCCUCCUGGCCUUUUCACAAAGUGCUUUGGGGCUUUUCCUCCUCGUUCACCAGCCCCGCAGAUCGGCUCCAGCAGCACCCGGAGAUGGGCUACGGGAAAGCUGAUAAAAUAAACCAGUUUGCCAAGAGCAUCCGAGCGUGGCCGCGGUUGCUGAGAGCAACUCUGUGCAGGGCCCUCUCUGGAGGUGGGAGUCGGGGUGUCGGCGCUUCCUGGAGGUCACUUUGCAGGGUGGAGGAAGGAGAAGACACCGACUGUCAAUCCGAAGCGAAGCGCCAGCCCAGCCUGUGUGUCCCUUGUCCCUCCACGUCGGGUUUGCCCCUCGGGCCUCAGCACCGCUGCCUUAAACCCCGUCCCCUCCACACCCGUGUCCCGGCUUUGGGCUGAGGGUAAAUCCCACCGAGAAACGCUGCUGGGAUCAUGACAUGGGGCUGUUUUCAGAGCUGGUUUCUCACCCAUCAAAGCGAAACACCGUAGUGUCCGUGUCUGCGCUCAACUCUGCUCCGUUCUGCUUCGAUCCCAUCCCGUAGCAGGAGGGGAGGACACAGGUCGCCCUCUCCGUGUCCUGCUCUCCCCCAGGUGUUCAGGGGCAGCCUGGAGAAGCUCUUGCUGGGUAGACGAGAAGAUGAAGCUUGUGUGGUUCACCUCCACGUCCCUGGUUGUCCUGCCCGACCCGCAGCAGCAGGUUGCAGCUCAGCACCCCGGCGCAGCAGCCGAUGUCACCACCUGGUUGUGUCACCUCCGUGUCCCAGGAGGAGCCAGGACGGGCCGUUGGCAGCUCCAGGGUCAGCCAUGCCUGCACAGCACCGUUUGGGGUGUUAAGUGGCCCCUCCAGCCACGUUUCAGCCAUUUUUUGUGUCAGCCCCACGGGCCGGGGCACCAACCACAGCCAAAUACGUAUCACGGUAUCGUGUCCUCUCUGUAUGGUUUUUCCUUUCCACUCUCUUUUUGUUCUGACAUCAGCUGCUCGAUAUGGAGCAUGUGAAGUCUCAUUGUCUUGGAAAAUGCGAUCGGAGACUCCUGCGAGGCUCCGAAACACCUGCGAGGGCGUUUUCUGCCCCUGCUCGGGGUGGAAACGUGGCUCUUGGCAGCAGCCACAGUGGCCUCAGCGUCCAUGAGGGUCUGACCCUCCCGUCGUGGGUUUUAGUUGUCCCCUCGUUACUGGUGGCUCGUUAGCAGCAACGGUCGCUCAGACAGGUCCCUGGUGUGGACCAAGGGGUCCAGCCCCUGCGAGUCCAACGGGAGCAGCUCUGGAUUGCACUUUAUAUAAAUAGAGAGAUGAGACGCUUCUCAGCAACCUGUUUUCAAAAAUCCCUUAAGGGAAAUGUUAUUAUUCUGGAGAGCGAUUUUAACACAGGGAGCUUGGAAAAUAGGGAUGUGACGUGAAAUACUUGUGCUGCCGUUUGCCAAGCCCCUUGGCUGCGGUCGGAGCUGGUGGCCAGCCCAAGGGUGGGUUUUUCUCCCUUUCUCUUGACAUGUUUCAGUUCCAGGCCGGCAGAGAUUAAAAAAUCCACAUUUUUCUUCCUCCCAGGCUCUUAUCAUGCUCAACUCUUGCCCAAAGUGGUGCGCUGGUUUUAUUUUUGGAGGAUCCUCGGUGCCGCGACAGCCCAGGGUCAGGCUGGAGGCGUCAUGGCCGCGCGAUGGGAUCGCUGUGUGCACCGAUUCAUCCUUGCCGAGACCCCCCGAAGGAGGAGGACUUGGGGGCAAAGGGGUAAACAGGGUCCAGGUGGCUGCUCGGGGGGGACAGAAAACAAAUGCCAAGAGCAUCUCCAUCCCCACCCGCGGGGCUGGCGCUGUCCCUCCGGCACCUCUGCUGCUGUGGCUUUUCCUCAAAUCCUCCCAAAUAGCCCCCAGAACCCCUCCAGAGUCCAGACUCGUGAUUCACACCCUGACUUUCUGCUCCUGAGCCAUCCCACGAUCCGACUGUCCCCGGCUUUCCGAGGGGAGGUGUUUCUGGACACCCUCCCACGCCACCUGUUGCUCUCCUGUGGUUUUCAGGGGGUCCCAGGGUAACCCCGAAGCUCAGGUGAGGUUCCACGAUUGGUCCCGGCCCCGGCGCGGUCCCAGCUGCCCCAAAGAGACGUGAAGGUCUCUCUGUGGCUGCCCCUUUUUUGGGAAAAGCUUUUUCCCCGUUGCCUGUUCCUGCUGCUCCAGCCAGGGGUGCAGUUUGCUGUAAAUAAAAUGAUCAGCGGUGACGGAGCCCCCGUGCGCGGUUCGUGCCGCACGGCACAGCCCCCGCGCCGCGGUUGUGCCGACGGCUCCGUGAACACCAGGUUUAAAAGGAAAAAAUGCAAGAGAAAAGAAACACUCCUUCAACACGAGCACAAUGUUGAGAUUUUUGUAAAAGGAUCCAAUAAAUGGAGAGUUUAACUUGA